AUGUUGAUGAUGGAAAAUACAGUGUUUAUUCACCACAUUCGCAGUAACAAUCUAAUCUUCGCCAACUUUUAUCGGAUAAAGUACCCCUUUGCAAUCCAAAUUGAUUGUUUUAUUAAUGGAUUCCAUGCACUUGGUGACUAUUCGAACCUUGCCGCAAAUCAGCCUCCUUCCUCUUCUUCUUCAUCUUCCUCGUCUAUUAACCAAGACAACAUUGUCAGUUCAACCACACAAGACUCAUCUGCAUCUUCAUCGUUUUCAAGUUCUGUUGUGAAUGUAGUUGUUAUUAAGGACCUGUGUGUUACCAUCCCGAGAAAAGCAAGCGUUCUUUGCGCAUUUGUUGCCAUGCUUGGUACUCGCAGACUUCCAUUUCCCACUUCCUCAUUUGACUUGGUGCAUUGCUCUCGAUGUUUGACCCCUUUUACAGCAUAUAAUGCAACAUAUUUUAUUGAAGUUGAUAGGUUACUUCGCCUAGGAGGGUACAUAGUCAUUUCUGGCCCCCCUAUACAGUGGCCUAAACAAGAUAAGGAAUGGGCAGAUCUGCAGGCAGUGGCUAGAGCAUUGUGUUAUGAGCUGAUUGCUGUAGAUGGGAACACUGUCAUCUGGAAAAAGCCUAAUGGGGAUUCAUGUCUCCCAAAUCAAAAUGAAUUUGGGCUUGAAUUGUGUGAUGAAUCGGAUGACCCAAAUCAUGCAUGGUACUUCAAGUUAAAGAAAUGUGUUAGCAGGAAAUUUUAA